UACCCUGAUGACGUGUAAGUAGCAAUGAGACCAGGAAGUGUGAACUAGGGGAGCUUUAUAGUUUUGGAAAAUUGAUUAUUUUCACUUGUUAUCAAGGAAUAUAAUUUAUUCUGUAGUGAAUAGGGGUAUACUCUAGUUUUGUAACAUAUUACCAGCCGGCUAGCUAGCUUGUUAGCUACCAUGGGACGACAUGGAGGCGUUGGUUUAGCGGUUUUUGUGCUCGUACUGGUGUUGGUCUUUUGCGAAGCAAGAAGACACAAACUCGCCCUAAAGAAUGACAGGAGAUUUGUGGUUCAUCUCAACACCUUUGGUUUCUUUGCCAACGGAACUCUGGACGUCAACGUUCUCUCCCUGACACUGCCUGAGGACAACGGCAAGCACCCUGUGGGAUUCAGUCUCUCCAAGUCUCGUGUUAAUGGAGUCCUGUCCUACACAGCGGAGGAAACGGAGGUGUGUCCACUCAGCAAACAAAACAGCGAUGAGCCCCUCUUCCUCUUCCUCAUUGACACCAACAACCUCAGAGUCAAUGUGAAGUCUUAUGGAGACCAGGACAGCGUCUUGACCAAGCUGAAGACAAACAAGACACUCAAUAAAGACUCAGGUUCCAGGAGAAGAAGAGCGGUAGAGGCCCCUGAGGACGUGAAGGUGAAAGAACAGAAGAAAGAUCUAAAGAAAGUGGAGGAAGAAAAGAAAGAUGGAGUGAUAAAAGAGGGGAAGGAGGAAAAGAAAGAUGGAGUGAUGCAAGAGGGGAAGGAGGAAAAGAAAGAUGGAGUGAUGCAAAAACCUACCAACCAGGUGGGGCGGAUCAACGGGCUGACUCUGGAUGUGCAGAAAAUCAACGGCUCGUACAGCUUCAGCUUCCACAUGGUGAUUGGCCAGUUGGAUGAGGGCCUGUACAACCUCAACUUCCACUACUGUGACAACAUUCUGCCAGGCAUCAACCACCCCUUCAAUCUCAACGUGGAGGUGACGGAGAAGAACCCAGGAGGUUACCUGUCAGCAGCAGAGAUCCCUCUCCCCCAUCUCUACAUCUUCAUGGCUGGAGUCUUCUUCAUUAUAGCCACGGUCUGGGUCUACACACUGCUGAAGCACAGGUACAGUGUGUUUAAGAUCCACUGGCUGAUGGCAGCUCUGGCCUUCACCAAGUCAAUCUCCCUGGUCUUCCACAGCAUCAACUACCACUUCAUCAACACCGAGGGACACCCCAUCGAAGGCUGGGCUGUCAUGUACUACAUCACUCACCUGUUGAAGGGCGCUCUGCUGUUCAUCACUCUGGCGUUGAUUGGUACUGGCUGGGCCUUCGUUAAAUACAUCCUGUCAGACAAGGAGAAGAAGAUCUUCAUGAUCGUCCUCCCUCUACAGGUUCUGGCCAACAUAGCCUACAUCAUAAUAGAGUCUACAGAGGAGGGCUCUAGUGAGUAUGCCCUGUGGAAGGAGGUUCUGUUCCUGGUUGACCUCAUCUGCUGUGGAGCUAUCCUCUUCCCUGUUGUAUGGUCUAUUCGUCACCUGCAAGAGGCUUCCAGCACUGAUGGGAAAGCUGCCAUGAACCUGGAGAAACUCAAGCUGUUCAGACAUUACUACGUCAUGAUAGUAUGUUAUAUCUACUUCACGAGGAUCAUAGCCAUCCUGCUGAAGGUGACGGUGCCUUUCCAAUGGCAGUGGUGUUACGAGUUCUUAGUGGAGGUGUCUACUCUGAUCUUCUUUGUGUUGACGGGGUAUAAGUUCCGCCCUGCUUCCAACAACCCCUACCUCCAGCUGCCCCUGGAUGAGGAGGACAUAGAGAUCGAUGAAGUGGUGACGGAGUCAGGUAUGUUGGAGGGCGUCUCUAAAGUCAAGAAGACAUCUAACGGUCGCGAGCGCCAGAAAGUGUCUUCGUUGUGAGAGUGUAUGUUUGGGAAGAGGGGGUUGUACCCCUCUCACCGUUGGAGAGAAACAGGGACUGAAACGGACCAAGACACUCCACCCCCCAAAACUCAUCCUUCCUCCUCCAUCUGAAACUGUGGCUGGCUGUUACUAAAGCAACCACCGCCUCGCUCGCUAUGCAAAAAGACAAACGACAACGGACUUUAGUUGUCGUUGGACCUUCUCUUCUCUCUCCUUUAUCUGGAGACUUCCUGGAGGCUCUGCACCCCUGCCUGGUGUCAUAAUGGUUCAUUCCAGGGAGAGAACUGUCUUCCACCCCCCUCAUCGAUGGAUGAAUAGAACGGUCUGGUCUGGGGUGGAAUGGACCUCUAAUGACCCCUCUCUCUCUCUCUCUAUUUCUCUCUCUCUCUAUUUCUCUCUCUCUCUAUCACUUUCUCUCUCUCUA